AAUUCUCACUGCGAAGCUGCAAAAAACCGUGCAAAAAACAUAUGUUUAAUUUGUCUCAUUGCUUGUGAUGGAAUUGAUGGACAACUAUGAAGUGUCAAGCCUUUGAUCACCAUGGAAAUUGCGGGCCAGUUAUGCUUCACUUAUGGACUGUAAUCGCCACGCCACGCGUGGAUUGUCCAUGAAGAAGGCUGAUUGGUGCCGCCGCGUACUGCCGUCACUCUGACAAUUCAGAGUCAAACGAGGUGUCGCCCUGAGUGAGCGGAGCUCCCUGUGGGCCCGCCGGAGCUAAACUCUGCUCCUCCGUCCACUGACCUCGCCACAAACCACUGCCGACCUCUCCGGGAGCCGUGCGGGCCGCGCGUCGCCGCCAUGGCCGGCGGAAUUCUGUCGUCGAGCGUGGACGACCUGCUGCCCAGUUCAGUCGACGAUUUGUGCCGUAACCCGCUCAUAUGUCCGCUCUGCAAUCAGGUGUACGAGGAGCCAUGUCUGCUGGUGUGUUUCCACUCGUUCUGCGCCAAGUGUCUGCGUGUGCGCGUGGUGGACGGCCGUGUCGCCUGUACCGUCUGCAGCAAGACGACGGUGCUCAAAGACGGCAACAGCCUGCCGCCGGCCGACGUCCUGCUGCGCUUCCUGGUCGAGUUCUCCACGGAGGCCCGCACUCCGUGCGCUAACUGCGAGACGACCGAGAACAUCAGCAUGUUCUUCUGCAACACGUGCGGUCAGGCGCUGUGUGAGCGAUGUAAGAACGAGACGCACCGCGCCAAGAUGUUCUCCAUGCACGAGGUGAUGUCGCUCUCUGAGCGACUCCGGAAGGCGUGCAAACAGUGUCCUGUGCACAACGAGCCGCACAUCAUGUUCAGCACGGACAAGAAGGAGCUGCUGUGUAUCAACUGUUUCCGCGAGUACAGCGCCGAGUCGAAGCUGCACUGCGUCGACCUGGACACGGCCUACACGGACGGUGUGCGUCGACUGGAACGGACUGUCGUGAGUAUCCGCGAGCUGCAGAACUCUGUCCGUGACGGGAUCAUUCUGUACCGGGCGCUGCUGGACGAGGUGCGACACAACAUGGAGGCAGAGAAGACGGCCGUCACCACCUUCUGUCGUCAGCUGCACGAGACCGUCAGUCAGCUGCAGAGCCGCCUCCUCAGCGACGUCGAGGGGCAGUACACGCAGAAGACGUGCACCUUUCAGCAGCAGCUGUGUGACCUCUGCUCGCUGCUGCCCGUGCUGCACGUCCACCUGAGCAUGUGCACCACGUUCACCCACUCGGCCAACAAGACCGAGUUCCUGGACCUCAGCUACUCGCUGAUGGGGCGGCUCUCGAACAUCGCGCACAUCGGGGUGCCGCUGAGGCCGAGUCAGACCAGCCAAGUGAAGACCAACUACCGUCGUGAGGUGUGUCAGGCUCUGGACCCUCUGCUGUGCCCGCCGGCGGCUGCCACGCCGGAGCCGGGCGGCCGGCUGGUGCCGGUGGCGGCGCGGCGCGCGCACACGGCCAACCGGCUGCGGCUGCUGGACUCGAGCGGCCCGUUCGCCGACCACUGCCGUGCCAUCGAGACCCGGCUCCAGGAGAUCACCGGACGGUACCGGCAGCUGCGCGAGAUGUCCCCCGACCGCGCCGAGGUCGCCUGCCAGGUGGUAGACGGCGACAUCGUCUCGCUGGCCUGCGAGGUGGAGGAGGCUCGCCUGCGUCUCCAGCACCGCUGGGACGAGGUCAGCACGCGGCUACAGAUGGAGCGAGACGUGUUCUCUGCUCAGGUGUCGGACCUUCAGCAGCUGCGCGCCGACCUCAACCGGUUCACGAUCGCCAUCAAACAGCAGACAGGUGACCGUCCCAACUCGUCCGACACGCUGACUAAUUCUCACGGAGCCGCCGGCACUGCAGCUGCCGCCGCCGCGGCCUGCAAGAAACAGCGUGCUACCAGCAGGGAGAGGCCCGAGGUGCCACCGCGGGUGGAUUCGCUGCCCUGCCAGCCGCCGGCGUCCGGUCAGCGCUCCGGAGACGAGUCGGCAGCCUCGGCCGGCACCGGCGCCGGCCAGCCCGACCUGCACUGGCACCAGCAAGGUGGGCCGGGCGUCGGUGUGUGACCCUCGGGGGGCGCGGCCGGCGGCCGGGCUGCGUCCCGGCCGCCGCCCGCCGCCCCCGCCCCCGCCGCGGCCGCGCCCUGGACGCUCUCCCCGUGCUGUGCCUCCCGGCCCCGGGUGUGCGACUCUGACGAGCUCUGACAGGCGCCGGCGCCGCCCGGCCCGCACCACCCCGUGUACAGGACGCAUGCGUGGCCGCUCGGUGGCCGCUCCGUGGUAGUGAGAGGCUGCUCGGUCCGAUCGGGGAGCCGGCGACGGUUGUGACGGUGGUUUCAAAGUUCAGAUUCCUUCACAUCGAACGGCGGACAGCUCUUCAGAGAUUGUUCGCUACUUUGAUGUUCUGUUGUUGUUGUGUGCUGCUUUUGAUGAUUGCUUGCUGCUCGAUAAUAAAGUGCUUGCCUUACGUUG